UAAAAUUCAUAGUGUACUGUGCGCACUUUCUUUUCUUAUUCAAGGUAUAAACAGAGUGCGAUUGAAAAAAACAAAGUUUUUGUGCACUUUGCUCUGUAUAGCGCACUUUGUCAUUAGAAAUACUGAACAUCAUGGUUUAUCUACUGUUCAUUUAGGAAACGUAUAUGAUGAAGAUCUUUCAUACUGUUUAUCACAUAUGUUUUCAGGUCUGUUUUUCUUUGUCAUUUAAUUCUUAUUUAUCACAUGGCAACCAAAUAAUUCCUAUUAGAAAAAAAAUUUCAUCUUCUUUUCUAGUUGGUGGCGCUGUUUGAGCUGAGACAAAUCUUAGUGGAAUGGCAAAACAAUAUUCCGCAAGAAAUAUGUCAUCACAUAGGACAUUAAAAUAUCGUGAAAAAGGUCAACAUAAGCAAGAUGAAUUACGAUAAAAUGAUCGCGAAGGUAUGCGAUGUCAACGAAAAUAUCCGUGAUAAGCAACAAUCACCAUGUGUUUCGUCGAAUAUUAAACGAAUUACAUCUAGCAGCGAAUCAAAACCAGAAUUGCCAUCUAUUCCGCUUUUUGCCGAAAAAUUCCGCAAUGUUUUCGCUUUCCGCUUUUUUCCGUCUUUCAAUAAAAGAAUAAAAGCUCUCUUCGAUAGUGGUUUUUCAGCAAAUAUGAACAAGAUACAAACGCUGAUCAUUAAACACAUUUAGUUGAUUCUGUUUCAAAUCCUAUUUAAUUAGUAGUAACCGAGUUUCUAAUAAUAAAAAUUUGUGUUUGUUGUUUAGCUUUAAGUACCGCCUACUUAUCACAAAAUUCAGCACUCGUGCGUUCAGUAAUCAGGAAAUCUUCGUUAUAUGUUCUUUGCUAUGAGUUUUCACAAGACGGUUUACCAUAGAAUAGAAAGGUUUCUACGAGAAGGUGUUUUGCCUGAAGUGCUACUUUCUUUACUUUCACGUUUUAAAAAAGUUUUUUAAAAGAAAGGAUACUCUAUGGAAAGCAGUAUCCUGUAGUAUUGUAGUAGACAGUGAUCAUUCAUCUUCAUAUCUUAUCACUGUCGUUGAUCGGACGGUUACAUAAAAGGAUACUCUUCCUCAAUUCUUGAGCCGGAAAAAGCGAAUUUGUCGACUUUACUUUUUUGCUUUAAUAAUAUAUUGAAAUGGGUCCUGUAAAACAGUUUUAAAAAAGCUGUCCGCUAUUUUGGACUUGAUGAGGUGUCAACUCUGAUCAAAAUCUCGAGAAAUAAAUAUAGAUUGUGAGUCUUUUUGACAUUUUAUGAGAAAAGACAAUAAAUAAAUCGUUUUUUUUCUUAAGUGAUCCUAUUGAUAGAACUCGUACUUAAAAUAAAUCGAAGUUUCAUUCGGAUAAAGAGGAAUGCGCCACUCGACUUGAACAACAACGUUUAGAACAAGAAAAAAUUUGUAUGGAAAAUAUUCUCAAAGGAAAUUCUUUAUUAAACAAUUCAUCAAAUAAAUUUCGUGUCAAACGUCGUUGAGAUGAUGAUGUCCUUUUUAAAAAUUGUGCUAUGUCCUGCACAAUUUAUUAAUGAUAGUUUACAUUGUGAUUUUUCAUCGACAUUUUAUGAAAUAAAUAUUUAUUUUGUUUUAUAUAAAGACAAGAACUUCUUAUUAUGAAAUAUAUUUUUUGUUUUAGGUAGAGAAAAUAUCUCAGAAUAUAUCCAAGAAAAGGUACAAAAAAUUUCAUAUAUUGAAUAGAUUUUUUCUAUUCAAUUUCUCUAAAGAUUGUUGAUUUAAUAAAUCAAGUAUCACUUUAUGGAAAAGACAGUGUUAGAGUUCAAUAUCUCAAACAUCUACAAGAACUUAUUUUACUCGAAGAUCCAAGUUUACUUGAUAAUUUUCUUGAAAUAAAAGUCGAUAAUGAAUAUGAUCCAGAAGUUAUUGUUAAAGUGAUUGAUAGUCUUCGACUUUUACUUUAUGAUGAUAAUGUACUUGUACAAAAGAAACUAAUUGUUAGUAUGAUAACGAUUUAUAGAUUAACAUUAAAGUGCCUUUCGAAAUCUCGACUUGUUGAUGAAAAUGUACGUUGUAUGUCGGAGAGUAUCAAUAAUAUGAAUAUUCAUAUUAUUGCUAUGCUUGAUUCGGAUAAUGAUGGAGUUCGUACAGUGGCAAUUCAAUUUAUUGAAAUGCUUGCACUUGUUUUAUCACAACGUACACAAAAUUCAAUUGUUCCGAGUUCAAAUGAACAAGAUUUUUCUUUAAAUUUAUUAGAAGAUGAUCAUUGA